AUGUGUUCACUUGACAGAGAGAUUGCUAACUCUACACAAUUCAGUUCUGUUGUUGCCGACGCAACGUCUCUCGCAUACGCAUCGCUCUUCACUCUCUCAGUCUCACAGAGAACGCGAGAGAAAUCGCAAAUGCAAGACAUUUUCGGAUCAGUUCGCCGAUCACUAGUAUUCCGCGGUUCGCCGGAGGGCGACGAGACAUCGCUCGGAGUUGGAGGAAGCCUCGUGGAUAAGAUCAGUUAUUGUAUCCGAAGUUCAAGAGUCUUCUCCAAACCCUCCCCGCCUUCGCCGUCUAUCCCUAAGGACGCUGCGCCUCCGAUCCGAUGGCGGAAAGGCGAGUUGAUCGGUUGCGGCGCCUUUGGCCAAGUCUAUGUUGGAAUGAAUCUCGAUUCCGGAGAGCUUCUGGCGGUUAAACAGGUUUUGAUCGCGGCGAGCAGUGCUUCGAAGGAGAAGGCACAGGCUCACAUAAAAGAGCUAGAGGAAGAAGUUAAAUUACUGAAAGACCUUUCACAUCCAAACAUUGUUAGAUAUUUGGGUACGGUCAGAGAAGAGGACACCUUAAAUAUUCUCUUGGAGUUUGUUCCUGGUGGAUCCAUAUCAUCUCUAUUGGGGAAGUUUGGGGCUUUCCCUGAGGCUGUUAUAAGAACUUACACGAAGCAGCUACUACUUGGACUUGAGUACUUGCACAAAAAUGGAAUCAUGCACAGAGACAUUAAGGGGGCCAAUAUUCUUGUAGAUAAUAAAGGGUGCAUAAAACUUGCAGACUUUGGGGCUUCGAAGCAGGUCGUUGAACUGGCAACCAUUUCCGGUGCCAAGUCCAUGAAGGGUACUCCAUAUUGGAUGGCUCCAGAAGUUAUUCUCCAGACUGGGCAUAGCUUCUCUGCUGAUAUAUGGAGCGUGGGUUGUACUGUGAUUGAGAUGGCCACCGGAAAACCUCCCUGGAGUCAGCAAUACCAACAAGAGGUUGCUGCUCUCUUCCAUAUAGGGACAACCAAGUCUCAUCCGCCAAUUCCUGAUCAUCUCUCAGUUGCAGCAAAAGAUUUUCUGCUAAAAUGUUUGCAGAAGGAACCGGUUUUGAGGUCCUCGGCAUCAGAACUACUGCAGCAUCCCUUUGUAACUGGCGAACAUAUGAAUUCUCUUCCUCCGUCAUCUAAUGUCACGGAAAAUUUGGAAGCUUCUUCACCAUCACGUGCUCCAAAUGCUGAAUCCUUCCUUUGCUCUUCAACCGUAAAUCCUCUGAACUCGGGAAAUAAACAAUUAUGGGGAAUGAGCAAUGAUGAUGAUGAUGAUAUGUGUGUGAUUGAUGACAAGGAAGAGUUCUCGUCGAGUGGUGUCAAAUACGAAUCACUGCUAUCAACUAAUAUUGAGAGUUUCAACCCAAUAUCUGAUCCCUCUGAUGAUUGGGGGUGUAAAUUUGAUGCAAGUCCAGAACUGGAAAAUCGAGAGGUCAAUUUUGGCACAGAUGAAAGUUACAUGCCACCUGAGCAGUCAGGGGAUGAUAAGGGGCAGACAGAUUUUUCCUUUCCAGGUGUCCCGUCUCUUUCAGAGGAAGAUGAUGAACUCACAGAGUCAAAAAUCAAAGCCUUUUUGGAUGAGAAGGCUCUUGAACUGAAAAAACUACAAACACCUUUAUAUGAAGAGUUUUACAACAGUUUAAAUACAUCUUCUUCCCCCAAUGUCAUUGACAGCACAAGUGAUGAUACUGCUUCUCGAAAAUAUUUGAAAUUACCUCCUAAAAGCAGGUCACCAAAUCGAGUACCAGUUAGCACUCCAUCUAAAGCCGUCGAUAAUACUGGAAGUCCGGGAAGUAAUGGCCGGUCCUCAACAACUGUUGGCCAUGUAAAUAGUCAUGCUUCACAGGAUAUUCCGGCACCUCCCCUUAAUGAAUGGAAAGGACUGGUCGUUGACUCUCAGCAGCAGCCUAUUAGCCCAAGUGUAAGCUUUUCCGAGAGACAGAGGAAGUGGAAAGAAGAGCUUGACCAAGAGCUUGAGAGAAAGCGAGAAAUGAUGCGCCAAGCUGGCAUGGGAGGAAAGACAUCUUCACCAAAGGAUCGAGCUUUACAACGGCAGAGGGAACGGACAAGAUUUGCUUCUCCCAGCAAAUAA